CUGGCAAAGCUUACGCAAAUUUUCCAAUUGGACCGCACUUAAUCCGUAACAUUUUGCUUUAAACUCCUUUCUGGAUGCAAAGGCGAUCGCGAACAGUAUUCAUAUUUGUUGCCAGGUAGCGCGACAAAUUGGCGUGGGUGGACACGGCAGGGUGCAGGGCGUAAUUCGAUUCGAAACCGGACAUCAACAGGUGCGGCGCCAUGACGGAAGUGAAGGACUGGCGGCCUUUUGUUUACGGCGGCGUUGCCUCGAUCACGGCGGAAUUUGGCACUUUUCCCAUCGACACCACCAAGACGCGCCUCCAAAUCCAAGGUCAGAAAAUCGACCAAACUUUCUCGCAACUGCGAUAUCGCGGCAUGACCGAUGCCUUUGUGAAAAUCUCCCGCGAGGAGGGUCUAAGGGCCUUGUAUUCCGGCAUUUGGCCAGCGGUGUUGCGGCAGGCCACCUAUGGCACCAUCAAGUUCGGCACUUAUUAUACGCUCAAGAAACUGGCCAAUGAGCGCGGCCUGCUAACCAAUGAGGACGGCAGCGAGCGGGUCUGGAGCAACAUUCUAUGCGCAGCGGCUGCCGGAGCCAUCUCUUCGGCCAUUGCCAAUCCCACGGAUGUGCUGAAGGUGCGCAUGCAAGUGCAUGGCAAGGGCCAGCACCAGAGCCUGCUGGGCUGCUUCGGGGAGAUCUACAAAUACGAGGGCAUUCGGGGACUGUGGCGCGGCGUUGGGCCAACGGCUCAGCGGGCCGUGGUUAUUGCCUCUGUGGAGCUACCCGUUUAUGAUUUUUGCAAGCUGCAGCUGAUGAAUGCCUUUGGAGAUCACGUGGCCAAUCAUUUCAUCUCAAGCUUUAUUGCCAGCCUGGGCAGUGCCAUAGCCUCUACCCCCAUUGAUGUUAUUCGGACCCGCCUGAUGAACCAGCGACAUGUGAGCAUGUCGUCGAUAAACGGCGUUGUCACGGCAGCAGCCACACCAAAGCUGUACAGCGGAAGUCUCGACUGCGCCGUGCAGACGAUCCGAAACGAGGGACUGUUAGCCCUUUACAAGGGAUUCAUACCCACCUGGGUGAGGAUGGGACCCUGGAACAUCAUCUUCUUCAUCACGUACGAGCAACUCAAGAAGUACUAGCACCUGCUGCGAGGGCCACCCAGUACAAGCGUAAAACCAAAAAGAUCAGAUCUGCUGACAGAUCUGGCUUAAUUCUUAAGAAUACAGUUGGAAGAAGGGUCACUAAAGUGCCUGUCUCACGCUGGCUAUCCGAUAGCCUCCGACCUGCUCUAGUGUCAUUUUGCCCUGGGCAUCCCACAGAAUGAUGUCAAAUGUUGGCGUUUUCAAGUAUUUGUGAAUCCGACUGCAAAGAACACACACUAUUUAGGUUAAGUGAGCUUUUAAAUUAAUUAUCUACGGCUAGUUAAACGAAAACUAUUUGUAAUUGCAUUUUGUAUUAGACGUGCAUUUGAUUUGUUCGAGGUUUAGCCAUUAUCGGUAUUACAUGUGCAACCUCUGCUCUGUAAAUAUACAUACUAUAUGCAUUUUGUAAUAUGUGCUGUGUUUCACCAAAUACAGAAUGUACAAACCUAAAUACAAAUAAACUGUUUGUUGGAAAUCUCAA